GUCUGACCCUGCGUUUCUGUUUCCUGCAGCUAUGAAAACAAGUUUGUGAAGUUCUUCAAGGUUAAAUCCGACCUUCCUCCGGGGAUGAGUGCGCCUGAGUCUCAGCAGCAGAAACCCGCGGGCGACAGCGACACCGCGGGUCUCUCCAAGGCGGCGAAACGCAACAUGAAGCGCAAAGAAAAACGAAAACAACAGCAGGAAGACGGAGACGUGGAUUCUGUGAGCGACGCCGUGGAAAACGUCUCCAUCUCAGAGGACGCUAACGAGAAGACGUCUAAAUCUAAUCCUCCUAAUCCGCCCGACGACAGCAGCGCCUCAGCGGCAGAGAGGGCGAAGAAGCUGAAAAACCUGAAGAAGAAACUGCGUCAGGCGGAGGACCUGCAGCAGAAAGUGGACUCGGGAGAAAUAGACGAGGUGACCAAGGACCAGAAGGAGAAACUGUCCCGAGUGGAAACCCUACGAGACGAGGUCCUGCAGCUGGAGCGGGAAUCCUGAAACAAAAACACACACAGACUGAACUUAAACUGAGAGACUGGGAAACAUUAUUCCGUCUGAUCACGAACUGGGAGGGACGUCCGCUCGCUCGUUUGUGAAUCUGUUUUGAAAAGCUUCACGGGGAACCCUGUUUGUCCGUCUCACUCCAUACGGUCACUGCAGGUAUUACUGUUUAUCUCAUUCUGAUUUUUCAGAGCUGGAGAAUUAUGUUUUCAGGCCGGACCAGAUGGUUGGAUAUUUGGGGAUUUUUUGCAUAUUUUUCUAUUGUCAACAAACGUCAUAUAAAUAACAAAACCAUUAUUAAUAAAUCCUACUGGCUAGCUCCGAGCUCAUCAGUUUUCCUUUGAUCAAUAAAUACAUUUGAUGUGUUUUGUUUUUUUAAA